AUGCCUCCAAGGAUACGUAUUAGGCCGCGUGCCCUCCGCGCCUGCGCUUCACACCCUACCCACCCCAUCUCUCUACCCGCAAUCGCGACCUACGCCUCGGUAGCAGCUGCCUCAGCGACGACCCCCGCACCUCCCAUUCAGCAGACACACAAAGCCGCGCCCCCAGUGCUACGAUACCCGCCCACCCAACCGCCCUCUCACAAGCCGCCGGAGGUCCGCAAAACGCAACUGCACCGGCAGUAUCAAUCGCUCCUCAAGUCCUCGCCUUUGAUUUUGAUAUUCCAGCACAACAACGUCAAAGCGGUAGAAUGGAUGAGCAUAAGAAGGGAAUUGGCUAUUGCACUACGCAAGCUGGAUGCGGAGAGGGCGAAGAAUGGACAAGAGACGCUUGCAGAUGAAGUUAAGAUGCAGGUCAUCCAGACAAACAUCUUUGCAAGCGCAUUGAGAGUUGUCGAGUUCUUCAACCCGGAGCAGUUCAUGUUGGACCAUGCACAACACCCCACAGACCCGCGCACACCCACGAGCGCGCAGAUACCGCAGACGAGUAAUGACGCAGAGGACGAGCGCUUUACACACGGUCUCUCCAGACGGGCGCACGAAAUCGCAAACAACAGGAAGCUAAAGUUGGAACUAGAGCCUCUACUCUCGGGUCCUCUCGCUGUUGUCGCCUUCCCCGAUGUCGCUCCCCAGUACCUCAAGGCCGUCCUAUCCAUCCUGUCACCUUCGAAGCCCGACUUCCCUGCGCCAAGCCGGAAGGCGAGUCCAGACUACUACGAACCAGCGGUACAGGCUGGUCUUCAGAAGUUGAUGCUCUUGGGUGCAAGAGUAGAAGGCAAGGUCUUCGAUGUGGACGGCACGAAAUGGGUUGGCAGCAUUCCUGGAGGUCGCGACGGACUCCGAGCACAGCUUGUGCAGAUGCUGCAAGGUAUCGGUGGAAGCCUCACUAGUGCUUUGGAGGGUGCGAGCAAGAGUCUGUACUUCACCGUCGAAGGGCGAAGGAUGGAUAUGGAGGAGAAGGAGAAAGGACCUGCUGGUGACGACAAUCAGUCAUAG